AUGUCGCCCACCCCGGCGCCCAGCGGCGGCGAGGAGUUCACGGAGGUGGUGGUGGUCCGGCACGGGGAGACCUCCUGGAACGCCUCCCACAUCGUCCAGGGACAAAUGGACCCAGAGCUGAAUGAGAUCGGUAGACAGCAAGCUGUUGUGGUAUGGUUCAUUUGCUUAAACAAUGUUCUCAGAGGCUUUGAUAUUUUUAAAAUUACUGAGGGCUCUGAUCCUGAUAGCAGAAACCAAGAAAUACCGGGUGGUGGAGAGAGCCUGAAUCAGUUAACUGAGCGCUGCGUCUCCUACUUGAAUAAGAUUGCUCAGGAACACAUAGGAGAGCGGGUUGUGGUGGUCUCCCACGGUGCAGCCAUACUGGAGAUGUCCUGGCACACUGAUCCUCCCAACAGCCCGAUCCGCAGGAACAUUCCCAAUACUUUACUGAAUGUUUUCCGUGUGUCAAGCGUCACUGGACAUUGGAUCCUUGAGAGGUGUGGAGACGUUAGCCAUCUCAACGGAAAUGGCUUCCUGGAGAACUCAUUUGGCGGAAACGGGGCCUCUGCGUAA